AUGCCAACGCCGUGUCUGUCGUCUCAACCAACGCCAAUGAUCAUGAGUGCCAAAUCUGCUACAAGAUAUGCAAGUCACUGGCAGGACUGGAAAGUCAUCAACGGCUUCACUGACGGUCAAUUAAUGAAGGAAUGGCAAUCGUCUGAGAAGACGUUGCAAUUAACAUCUAUCUAUCUAUCUAUCUAUCUAUCUAAAUCUUCUGUUGAUUAUCUGUCUGUCUGUCUGUCUAUCUAUCUAUCUAUCUAUCUAUCUAUCCUUUACAUUUCUGCAUUAUCUGUAGAGUCUAUUUUCUUUUAUUUAUUGGUGCAUUACAGAAUAAUUCUCUAUCAUCUAUCUAUCAAUCAAUCUAUCUACGCAUGUAAUUGCGCCUUUUGUUUAUCUAUCUAUCUAUCUAUCUAUCUAUCUAUCUAUCUAUCCCAGUUUGUUGCAUAUCUAUCUAUCUAUCUAUCUAUCUAUCUAUCGAUCGAUCGAUCUCAGUUUGUUACAUAUCUAUCUAUCUAUCUAUCUAUCUAUCUAUCUAUCUAUCUAUCUAUCUGA